GAAGUAAGACUCGUCACGCGACCCGUUUGUUGCCACAGAGGUCUCAUUCGUGGACGAUGUGUUCGACUUCACGGACUCGGAGGACGCGGACGCGCCCUUCCCGCCCACCUACAUGGUCGUCCGGUUCGCGUCCAGCCUGCAGCCGCGCGCCAUCGCCUGGCUGGUGGACAAGGUGCGCGGCCCACGCUCGCACGGCGGCGCCGAGCUCCUGGUGCGGCGGCAGCACACCGAGCCCGGCGAGGGCGUGAUCCUGCACGUGUCGGCGUCGUGCCGCAAGCUGCUGGAGCUGGCCGAGGACAUGGAGCUCAAGAAGCGCGACCAGGCGGGGCUCAUGCGCGAGUUCCUGUUCGCCCACCUGCGGGACUUUGUCGGCGAGAAGGGCAGCCGCGAGGACCUGCUGACGACGGCGGAGCGCCAGCUCAUCGUGCGCCACGAGCUGGACAACAUCCGCGCCCUGAGCGAGGACCCCAGCAUCCCCGGCUACCCCAACUUCCGCAUGUACGAGGGGCAGUCUAUCGUUCAGGUCAUGAUGCACCGAGCGCUGAUCACCGCAAUGUACCCCCUGCACGACGAGGAGUCGCUCAAACGCCUGUCGACGAAGUGGUACUACUCGAAGGUGCAGCCGAUCGAGGACAUUCGCUUGUACUUCGGUGAGGCGGUGGCGCUGUACUUCAAGUUCCUGGACUUCUACACCAUCAAGCUACUCCUGCCGCUGGCCAUCGUCGGCGUGCUCCAGAUGGUGCUGUCGACCUACGAGACGCUGCCCUUCUUCUGCAUCUGCAACGUUAUCGCCGUCACCGUCUUCCUGGAG